AUGGUCGGUAAGCAAGAGGAUGGCGGAACGGUAACGACUGGCACCAGCGCAUCAGCCUGCACCACCGCCAUCUCAUCCGGCACGACGAACGACCUCCUCGACUCGAGACGAUGCAGCGCUGCUCUGCCGCCACCGGACGAACAACAACCCGGACCAUCCGCACCUGUCAUUUCCACUAAAGAUGAAGUUAUCGUUGAAACUAGUGAUGGAGGUUUGGUUAGUUUUCUUUGA